AUGCCUGCUGGGACUGUGCUGGAUGAAACUAUGGGAGUGAAGAACGGAUCGGUGCUGCUGAAGGACGGACAACAGGAAACAGAAAGAUGCUGGUUGAGUCGGUACAGAGAGCUGGCUCAUUACUUCUCUCUGCUCUGCUUUCUGCUCGUCAUCGUCGCUCUGCUGCAGACUCUCUGCUUGGUUCAGAUCACCCUGGUGUUCCGGUCGCAGUCGACGCUGCAGGAAACCAAACUGAGAGACGCGACGCGCAGACUGGAGAAGCUCAACCAGUCCUAUCACCUCCUGUUCUCCCAGUAUCCAGCUCUGAACCAGUACUGCCCAGUGAGCAACUCCACCACCGGGGACAGAGCGUGCAGACCCUGUCCGGCCGGCUGGACGCCUCAGGGACACAAAUGCUUCCAGUUCAGUGUGGACAGGGCCGACUGGAUCAGCAGCCAGUACCGCUGCAUGGCACUGGGUGGCGCUGUGGCCACAGUCAGGACAGAGGAGGAGCAGGUGUUUCUGUUGAAUAAGGCCCAGAGUCUGAGCCAGGGAGACUCGUACUGGCUGGGCCUCAGGAGCAGCAGUAGUGAGGAAGGCUGGCAGUGGAGCGACGGCUCCCCGGUGGAGAAAGGGACGGGGUUUUGGGAGCGUGAGCCCGAUAACACAGAGAACAGGGAGCUGUGUGGUCGACUCACACCGGGAGGAGACUACAGGAGGAGCUGGUUCUCCUACAGAUGCUCCAACCUGCUGAGGAGGAUCUGUGAGAGGAGGCAAGCUACUCUACAACACUCUGUCUCCACUGUGUCCACUCACUGGUCCCAGUUCAGAGAGGCUCACACUCUGCUGGUUCUCUGCAGAAACCCAGCAGCCUGA